UAUAAAUUGUCGCCGAACCUUUAGUUAUGUCGGAUUUUGUUGAUCUCCAUUCAGAAUAUUGUUGGGAGCCAUCAGAGUCUGAGAAAAAAAUUUUAGAGGGCAGACGAGAAUUGCAAGAUAAAAUUAGUAAAACCAUGGGCUCCUAUUUACUGAAGGGUUACAAAAUGCUGGCCACGACCUGCCCUGUUUGCUCAACAAUCCUUAUGAGGACGAAACCAAUAAAUGGGACCACGGCUGAUGGUGUUGAUUACUGCGUCUUGUGUUCUGAUCUUGGUCUCACUGACACUCAUGGUGAAACCACGGAUGAUAAUCAAGAGGAAAUAAAGUCAGACAAAGAUUUGCCUACUACCUCAUCAUGUCAGUCAGCAUCGACUACAUCUUCCUCAUCUAUGCCAGUAUCGAUGAGGAUGGGUCGGCCGGACACGAAUGCCACUCAGAUUGAGAGUUGCACGGCUUUUGGUUCUCUGAGAAAGUGUGACCCACCGAGAGUCUCAUCUGAUGAAUUAGGAGCCAGGGUUAGAUGUGCCAUGCCCUCUAUUUGCCCCACUGCUAAGGUCAAAGAUCAUGCCCUCUGUCACCAGAGUUCGCUUGAUUCUUGUCACCAUCAGCACCAGCAACCACAGCAACCACAAGCUUCCAACCACCACCACCAGCAGCAGCAGCUGAACAUCUGCAUGACUCACCACCACUACAAUUACCAGCACCAAUCGUCGACUUCGUCUGCCAGCAACUACGACAACAAACUCAAAGAAUCCCUCGGUGCAGUUUCGCUGAAGCUGGAUUGGGCCACAGAUCUGUUGAAGAAGUCAAACGAUGUUGAACACGCUAAGCAGUUAGUGUCACUGAUCUCGUGCUGUGCUGAGGCUAUCAAAUCAUUGAAGUCUGCUUACGACCAUGUUGUUGCCCCGGCCGACAGGAUUGAAGAGUCUGCCUAAAAUUAGACCUUCAAGGAGAUGAACGAAACUCAUCCAUUUUCUCCUUUAACGCGGGGCGUUUUUAGGGAUGUGCGUUGCGUGGGAUGUUGAAAUAAUUUUUUCACUACUACAACAGAAGCUUAUGCUUGCUUCUUUAUGUGUUACUAUGUUUGUAUACACACACACGCACACACACAACACAUCACAUAUAUAUACAUAUUUUGGGUUGAGACCAUCUGAAAAUAACAGCAUUGCAUUGCAUUGUUCAAUUUGUAAUUGAGUUUUUCGUACGACGAAUUUCAGCUGAUUAUCAAAUAUAUAUAUAUAUAUA